CAGCCAACUCUUUCCUUCCACCCGCGGUAGCUCCCCAUCUCACACGGUCGCACCUCAUCUUUCUCCUCGGGAACAAGACCUACAGGUCCCUCAUCUCUAAUCGCGUAACCAUUUCUAGGGUUUCUCGUCUCUCGCUUCUGACAUCAACGAUUGAGUUAAUCUCCUGAAAACCCUAAAAAAAUCAAUUGGCGCUUAAAAACAACUUCGAUUUUUCAUAACCAAUCUCAAAUUUCCAAGUAAAACAAGCCAUGGACGCUGUUUCGUGGAGUGCUCGUCUCUCUUCUGCCUCAAAGCGUUAUCAACUUGCUCUUCAAUCGCGAUCUGAUAUGUUCAUGGGGUUUGAAGAAAUCGAUGGAGAUGAUGAUAUAAGAGAGGAGUUUCCUUGCCCAUUCUGUUCAGAGUGUUUCGAUAUUGUCGGAUUGUGUUGUCAUAUCGAUGAUGAGCAUCCUGUAGAGGCGAAGAAUGGGGUGUGUCCAGUUUGUGCAAUGAGGGUGGGGGUUGACAUGGUUGCUCAUAUAACCUUGCAACAUGGAAAUAUUUUUAAGAUGCAACGCAAGAGGAAAUCUCGUAAAGUUGGAUCCCAUUCAACACUUUCUUUGUUGAGAAGGGAAUUGCGGGAAGGAAAUCUGCAGUCCCUUUUUGGUGGGUCUUCCUGUAUAGUUUCUUCAACCAAUGCUGCUCCAGAUCCAUUGUUGUCGUCGUUUAUAUUGCCUAUGGUUGAUGAUUUUGGGAGUGUUCAGUCGCACCCUUCAGCUGAAUCCAUUUCUGUCAAGAAAAGAACAAAUGAGAAUGUUUCGGAAAGGGUUGCCCAUCCUUCUCCAUUAUCUAUCAAGGAUCAGAAGGAGAAGGCAAGUAGAUCUGAGUUUGUUCAAGGAUUGUUGCUGUCCACCAUGCUUGACGACAACUUAUGAGGAAGAAGGUCUGUAUGUGGGCUACUGCCGUGGUUUGUCAACCUCCAAAUAUAUGCAGCCUAGAGGAGAGCUGCAUGAGAGCUUGUACUACUUGUUUGUAGAAGUAUAUGUUAAAUGUAUUAAACAAGUGAGAUGAGAAAAUAAGAUGAUGUAAUAAAUGUAAUUUAUGUUGCCCCCAUAUGUGGAGUUUAGUAUGUAGUUAGGCGGAAACCAGGCUCUUGUACUCUGUUUUAUUUUGUAAUUCAUGCUUCAUUUCAUUGAUCAAAAAAACAAAAAAACAAAAACGUAUUACUGCGUG